AUGCCUAUCAAGGUGCAACUCGAGACGGGUUCAAAUGACGAUGUCUCAAAAGUGCCACAAGAGUUAACGGAAAGCCGACAGAGACUCGAAGCUGGUGUUGAGGCGAAUCGCAGGAAUCGAGAGGUCAUACAGGGAUUGGCUGAUCAGAUUCAAAAAAUCCGUCAACGAGCCUCCGAAAAAGACGCGAUGAUGGCCGGCACAUCGAAGAGAAGAAUGGGUGGAGGAGGGGACAGUGGCAGGCAGAAUUUAAAUUCCAUCUAUCAGCCAUCCUCCGAAUUGUCCCUAGAAGCCACCCUUCCCGCUUAUUCUCCAUCUCAAUUGAGGGUUUCGCCGAUGCAUCGCUCGUCACCGCUCCUCAAUCGUUCAUUCGAUGUCGAUCGUCACUCGGAAACGAUCAAUAUCAACAUCGAUCCAUCGCUUUUCGGAAAAGAAAGAGAAGAGGAAAAUGAGCGGGAAAUCGAGGGAUUAAUCAAUAAACUUAAAGCCGAGCUUUUCAAAAACAACACACUCGAGGAGAUCAACGAAAUGUUGAAAGCCGAGAAUGACGCAGCUUUAUCGACAAAUGUGAACUUGAGAGCCGACGUCAGUGAAUUGACUCGCACACUCGAGGUACUCAGCAAGGAGUACAGGGAUGAACAGGAGAGGUUUCGAAUUGAGAAUCAGAGAUACCGGAGUCAUUUGGACACUCAACACCGACAGUUGAUUGCUCUAUGGAAAGCGUUUCUGGCAGUGAAGAGACAGAUGAAAGACCUCCGCUCUAACACAGCCACCGAUCUCGAGAAACAGAUGAGCGAUUUCGCGAAAUGCACACAAAUGAUGCAACAAGCGCUGCGACAUGCCGAAAAUCGGACAAGCAGUGUGCAAAACCAAAUGAACCGGGAAAAAGACGAGGCGAUGAGUGAAAUCUUCAACAAAUUUGAUGAACUUUCCGAGAGAAAUGCUGAGGUUGAAAAGCAAAACUCGGAGAAAACGCGUCGAAUCUCGAGACUGGAAACGGAGUUGCGACGGGAGAAAGAAGAAAAGGAAACGAUGAGAGAAACACUCGGGAAAAUCUCGAUGAUGCCCGAGUUGGCCGCACAAAAUGACGGAGCGAAACCGAGGGCGAGAUCGACGAGUCCUGGUUCCCCGUUGAGCGGAAAUGAAGCGAUGCGCAAAGUCCGUGCGGCACUCCAUGUAAAAAGUGUCGAAUUAAAGGAUUUGCAGAUGAAAAUCGAGCGCUCCGAGGCUCAAUCGACUCGUUUGCAGCGCGAAAUGGAACGCUUCGAGAAGGAGAUUCGACAAAGAACAGAAAGAGAACACGCAAAAGAUGAGGAGAUCAAGAAAAAAGACGUCGAAAAGGCGGACUUCGAGAAACAAGCGAGACGAGUCGAGGAGAAAUUACAAAAAUCAGAGGAAGAGCGCGAGAGGCAACAGCAAAAUGUUCAACAGCUACAAGAAAGCAUUGCGCAUAUACACAAACUUCAUAAAGAGUUCAUCGAGAAUCUCACGGAAAGACACCGCGAAGAGAUGGAGAAUCGGCAAAAACAUCAACAAGAAGAGAAUGAUGAGAGGAUGAAUGAGGAAAAGACGAAAACACAGAGGCUAAAAGACGAGUUGGAUCGAUUGAGGUUUGACUGUGAUGCGACAAGGCAACAGUACAGAGAUCUUCAAGCAGAAGCGGCCUCGUUGAGAAAAGGAAUCGAAGAUCGCGAUAUGACAAAUCAUCAAAUUGAGGACGAGCUGAAAAGAGUGAGAGAACAGUUGGGAGAAGCACAAGCUGGCGAGGAUGAAAAAGACAAGAGGAUACAGGAAUUGAAGGCUAAAUACGAGCAUGCCAAGGACAAAGAGAAGCGAAUUAAAGGAGAGAUGGCUGAGUUAGCCGGUACCAACGAAAUCCUCGCCGAAGAGAAUCGAUCGUUGCAAGAGCAAAACUCCGAGCAUCGAGAGCAAAUCAACGAGAUGGGAAAUCGUUUAGAGCAAUCGAGUCAAAGAGAAGAUGAAUUGAAUCAACAAGCCGACGAGUUGAACACGAACAUCGAGAAAAACGAGGAAACGAUGAAAGAGUUGAGGGCAAAUCUGCAAGAGGCACAAGCGAGAGCUGAUGCGAUUGUUGACGAGAUGGCAAGCCAACGCGAGCAAUUCGCCUAUGCAAAAGCGAUGGUCGAACAGAGAAGAAUCGAGUGUGAGGGAUUGGAAAAGGAAAGGGAACAGGCAAAACGUGACAAAGACGCGCUCGAGGAUGAGAUGAAUGGGAAAAAUCACGAGAUUGCCGCGUUGAACACGAAGAUUUCGACAAUGGAAAAGGAGAUCCACGAGAGAUUGGAACAGGAUCAUCAAGUAAAAUUGUUAAUGGACGAGAUUCGAGCAAAGAAUGCGCAACUUGAGAGAGAAACGUCGGAGAAAAAUGCGAUUAUUGAGGAUAUGAGGGAUAAACUCGAAGAUUUGCAUAAUGAUUUGAUAAAAAAAGAGGAGAAAAGCAAGGCGGAGAUGGCACGGGUUGAGGAAGUGAAAACCAUCGAUAUAAAGACUGUUCGGGAGGAAUGGACACAAAAAGUGCGACUACAGGAGGCUGAUAUGGAAUCGCUGAAAAAAAGCGUUCUCGAUUUGGAGGAUCGGUGUAAAGGGAUGACCGCAGAAAUUGAUGCAUUGAAAGCUGAAAAAGAAAGAACAGAAAUCGAUUUGGAUGAAAUGAAAGAGAAAAUCGAAGACGAGAGGAAAAGAUUGAAAAAGAAGAUUGAGGAACUCGAAGAGCAAAUCGCCGUCGACCGGGACGAGUUCGAGGAAGUUCGGGCACAGGAUGAGAAUCGCCGGGUGCAAGCGCUCGACGAGGUGAAAAACGAGCUGAAACGGGUGGAGAAAGAGCUGAAUGAGGCACAAGAAAGGGAAGAAAAAUUGGGCAAAGAUUUGGGCGAGGCAAAGGAGGAGGCGGAGAAAGCAAGCAAAGCCAUCGAGAUUCGCCAAGACGAAAUGGAAAGACUCAAUCAACUCAUCUCUCAACUUGAGCAACAGUUAGAUUUUGAACGGAAGCAACUCCAAGCAAAGUCUCCAUCAUUCACUCAUCAACUCAUCGGCGACCAUGUUCACGGCUCACCAAUUGCGAUCCCGAAUUUCUCAAUCUACGAAAAGCAUCGAGAAACUUACGACUACUAUGAAACGAUUACAGAGACGAUCGAGAUCGAGGAACACGAGUUACGAUUGGCGAAAUCACAAACGCAAAUCGAUGAAAUGGAUAGGAAAAGGGAAACGAUUGAUGCGGAAAAGGAGAGACUAAUGGAAGUGAUCGCGAAAAAAUCCCAAUCGAUUGCCUCACUCGAAGCGCAACUCGAUGAGAUGACAUCGAGAGUGGCCGAAGCUGAAGUGAACGAGAAUUCCCUCAGAGAUGAAUUAGCGCUCUUCACGAGAGAGGCCUCUGAGCUUCGGCAUGCCGUCGAUCGAGCUCAACAACAAGUUGCUGAUCGAAAUUUGAGAUGUGAAGAAUUGGAGCAACGCUCUCGAGAACUCCAAAAAGAAGUGCACGCGCGGCAGAUCGAAGCCGAUCACAGAAGAGAAGAAGCUGAUGAGGCAAUCGAGGCAAGGACCAUCACACAAAAUAAGUUGCAAGCUCUCGAAUUGCAAUUGGCUGACAAGACGGCGAAACUCGAAUCAACGACCGAUUUGCUGAAAAAGCUGGAAAACACCGAGAAACAUAUGAUGACCGAGUUGAAAGAAGAUGCCGAAAAGGUCACUCAUUAUCGUCGACGAAACGAGGAGCUCAAAAUGAGCAACGUGAAAUUGUCUGAGGAAUUGGGUUUACUGAAGAGCAAUUUGGAAAGAAAAACCCAGCAAUCACAGCGUGCCAUCACUGAUUUGCUGGAUAAUUAUAAAGAAGCCGAGCGAAAAGCACAUGACCAUCAGGUGGAAUCGGAUCAGUUGAAAGCCACUGUCCUCGGGCUACAAGCAAAACUCGAACGAGCCGAUCGCAAAAGGAUCGAUUUAGAGGCACAAGUCAGCGAGAUUGAAAAACGGAGAGACGAGCUAGCGGCACGGGCAAAUCAAUACGAGAGAAGCGCUGCGAUGGCCAUUAUGGGUACUGGAUCGAAAGGACUUCCGAUUCGGUCGGGUCACUCAUCGGAUCUCAUUCAUGAUCCCGAUUCGCCUUACGGUUCCCUUCCUGGCAUUCAAAUGAAUAUCCCAAAUCUUCGUGGAAGUGUCUCGACGCAUGAUGUCUCAUCGAGCAUAUCAGUUGAGAGAUCGGUUCACUUCGACGAGUCAGCUGAUUCAAAGUUGAGAAAUCUUGGCGUCACUCCAUCGGUCGACAUCACGAUUCGUUAUCUGAAAGAACGAAUUGAACACUUGGAAACAGAAAAGCUUACGAUGAUCUCAACAUUGCAUGAAACAAAAGAAAAUGAGAAGAAAAAUCGACGACGACUCGAGGAGGUGACACAAUUGUUGGACUCAUUGCAAAGAAAAACCGAACAAAUCGAGACGGAAAAGAAAUCGCUUGAGAGUCGAUUGAACAAUCAGCGCCAAAUCUAUUUGAGUAACGAGGAGGCGAUGCGGAGUCGAGAGAAUGAGUUCCGAAACCUUAAAGCAAAGUUGAUGUCGGCUGAGUUGCAUGUGCGUGAAAAGGAGAGUAAAAUUCAACAAUUAGCGGCUCAAAUCGAUUCUCAGAAGAUGGAUUUAUUGGAACUGGGUGAAGAGAGGCGAAAAAUCGAUUUCCGAGUACUCAGCUUGGAGAAAGAGUUAAAAGAUGUGGAAGAAGAUCGGGAUAAGGGUGACCUCGAGCGAAGUCGUUUAACUCUUCAGUUCGACAAUUUGCAACAGGAUAUCACGAAUCUUCGCAAACAACUUUCUGAAAUUGAUUCGGUGAACGAACAACAGAGACGACAAAUGGAGGAAAUGCGAAGGAAUGAAGAGAAAAGACGAGAAAUCGUCGAGAGAGCACAAGCUGAGGAAAGGCAUUGGAGGAAUACGGCUGUUGCAGCGAAAAAGACAAGCGAAGAGUACCAUCGAUCGAUCUACGAGGAAAGACUUUCGAAUCUGCAACGAACUUAUGACACUUUGCACACUGCACACGAGCAAUUGCAAGCGUUGACGGAUCGUUUAAGACAAGAACUGAAAGAUUCGGUGAACAAAGUGAACACGGGAGCGAAUCGUUUACGAGAGACGGAGAAUCGAUUAGAGGAUGAAGGACAAAAGAGAAAAAAUGUUGAGAAAACGUUGCAAGCUAUGCAAAAGCUCGAGACUGAAUGGCAAAAAGUCGAGCGUGAGUUGCGAGAUGAAUUGAAAGGAUUGAGGAAAGAGAAAUUGGCCAAUAUUAGCGAGAUUGAAGAGUUGAAACGACGAAUCGCGCGUUUCGAUGUGGAACGACGAGAGAUCGAGGCGGCCAGAGCGAGGCUUGAGAGAGAAGUCGCCGCACUCAAGAAACACCUUGAUUCUCUUGAAGAAGACAAGAGUCGAACCGAGGAAGCCGUCAAGAACACAUUGGCUGAGAGGAGAGCCAUGGACAAAAGUUUGGCGGCAAUGGAGAAAGAGAACUCAGAGUUGUACAGGAAUUGCACACAACUGCAGACACAGAUCCAACAAUUAGAACGGGAUACUGGCACGAAAUCAGUGACGAAAAUGCUGAAAGAGCACGCCGAAUUGGAGGCAAGGCUUGGGAAAAUGUUGCAAGAAAAGAGACAAUUAGAGUUACUUUUGGAGCAAAAAGAGAUGAACUAUGCUCAUAAGAGGAAACUUCUCGAAUCACAGCUCGGAUUGCUCAGGGAACAGUUGGAAGCUGAGAGAAGGAGGAGAGCCGAGCAACGCAGCCGUCCCACCACUGGCUCAACGCCGAUUCAGCAACGAAUCACCGAAACGAAAUACGACUAUCAACGAACGAGAGCCGUUCAGAUGAGACCAUUCAAA